CUCAUCAUUCAUCUGCAGAAGACGCGGACACCGCCACGCGCCAAGCAUUUACGACCGCUGUAUUGGCAAAGCCGCAGGUUGGCCGACAAAUUGGCGGUCAACUCCUGGCAGCACCACCCCCGUGUGCACAACAGCAUGGCAGAUGCCUUCGCAAACAUGGUGAUGGACUCACGCCGCAGCUUUCAA